AUGGCUUGGGCGCAGAACCCGUCGCGGUACGCCAUCCAUGCGGCGCUCCUUGGUGUCCUCGCCCCGAGUAGCGGGCCGCGUGCGCACCGGACGGUGCUGCUCCUCACCACGAGGAGGUCAGCCAAGGCUCGCCACUGGUCAUAUGUGGCACGGGGUAGCCAAGCGGUUCUUCAAAGAUUCUUUGGCCUUCUUGUUUCUGCAUUCUUGGAACUAGUCGUGGAUGUUUUUCUGACCACGCUUGGCCCGACAUCUAAACUGGGCGGGCCGAAACCUACCGAGCUCGGGCUGUGCUCGAAAUGCUUAGGGGAAGAUACAAUAAUUUACCGGAUUGUCUCCACUAACAAGAUCUGCAACGCUUCUGAGAGCAACUUGGAGAAUGCCUUGCAGAAGCUUAAGAGAGAACUCGCUGGAAAGAGGUACCUUCUUGUAUUGGACGACGUCUGGAAUAAGGAUGCUAACAAGUGGAACAAGCUGAAUGCCUGUCUUAAACAUGGUGAUGUUGGUAGCGCCAUACUAACGACAACCCGUGAUAAAGAAAUAGCUCAACUCAUGGGUACAGUUGAAGAACAUGGCAUUGCACGUUUGGACAAUAAAUUCAUCAAGGAAAUUAUUGAGGCUAAAGCAUUCAUUUCGCAAGAGAGAAAACGAGCUGAUUUAGCUGGCUUGGUUGAUGACGUUGUUGAGAGAUGUGCAGGGUCUCCAUUGGCAGCCAAGGCACUAGGAUCUGUACUACGUGGCAAGACAAGAACGGAAGAAUGGAAAGCUGUGCUUAGCAAAAGCAUUGCCCAUAACAAGGACGAUAAAAUCCUGCCUAUUCUCAAGCUCAGUUACGAUGACCUGCCAUCACACAUGAAGCAGUGCUUUGCUUUCUGUGCUGUGUUUCCCAAGGACCAUGAGAUUAACGUGGAAAUGCUGAUCCAACUAUGGAUGGCAAAUGACUUUAUUCCUGAACAAAAAGAUGUUCGUCAUGAAACAAUUGGUAAACAGAUUUUCAGUGAGCUGGUCUCAAGGUCAUUCUUUCAAGAUGUGAAGCAAGUCAAUGGGAAAGCAUGGGAAGAUGUGUAUUGGUAUUUCUCUACAAGUACAUGUAAAAUCCAUAAUCUUAUGCACGAUGUGGCACUAUCUGUCAUGGACAAAGAGUUGCUACCAUAA